AUGCACUAUGGUUCUCAUUUAGAAGAAGAUUUAAUUGCAAGUGGGAUCACAAUUCACUUGAAAACUCAAGUGCUUUUGAUGGAGACUGAAAGAAGCUGUACUCAGAAGCACAAGUUAAGCACAAUAAAGCCAUAUGAAUGAAUGAGUCUUGAAGAAGUAAAGGAAGCUGAAGAUGGCUUUGAUGAGACUGAUAGGAAAGCUAUUGGUAUGUACAGAAAGAAAAGAUUGCAGGAAUGGAAAUGUCUUCAGAGGAGGCAAAAAUAUGUGAAGCUAAGAGAAAGUUGUGGAAAGCAGUAUGCAAAUGAAGUUACAAGUGCUCCAAAGGACAUUUGGGUUAUAAUUCAUCUUUAUUGUAUCUCAAUGUGUUUGCUGGUUAAUGAACACCUCAACCUGAAGGUCUGAAAGUUUCCAGAAGGCAAAUUUCUCAAAGCCAUUGUAAACUGCUGCAUUCAGAAUUACCAAGACAAGUAUUUAUGUUUAUAAAUAUAAAUUAUAAAUUAAAUAUGUUUACCCACAAUACUUGUAUAUACUGGUGAAAUACAAGGCAGGUUCAUCGGAAUAGCUAAACAUGGGGGAAUAGAUCUGAAACAAGAAGGUACUAGAAAUUUUUCUAAAUCAUUCACAUUAUGCAAAAUGUUUGUAAUCAUUAGAUCUAAAGGCCACUUCUUAAAGGUUGAAAAGGUAUUUGAUUAUUUUUGAAGGGAAAAAAAGAUCUGAAAAAAUCAAAGAAUUUGUAUAGAAUUUAUGUAAUUCUAUGGUAAGAAUAUUACCAAAGCACAGGUAUUUUGCAAUUUCAUGGUUAGAUAUUUUUCUGAGCUGAAGUUGAGUUGGCUCUAAUUUUUGUUGUUGGCAUGUAUCUUGGUCUUUAUUAAAAG